UCGUCGUCAUGGUGACAAACAGACGCUCAAACUCUACCUGAAGCAGAGUUUCAGUUUAAAGGCCUUAAAUACUCAGUAUUAAUAUUUAACGGUGUUAGAGAGACGAACAGGGAGGAAAUAAGACAUUUGAGGGACAUUUAAACCCUCACCGGUCCGGUUUAACCGGGUUUAACCGGGUUCUACCCUCCACCUGCCUCUUCUUCCACCUGUGAGCACGUCUCGCGGUAUUAGAAAAAACUACCGAGCAGAGCUAGCUUCAGCAGCAGCUAACGUUAGCAUGAGUGAGAGCAGAGCGGUGCCGAGCGGGAAGGUUUACCAACAGCUGUUUGGUGCUCAGGUUCAGCUGUCCAGGUCUCUGCUGGCAGGGCGGAGAGACACAAGGACAGACUGUCUGUCUGCUGAGGACAGCAACACACACUGCAGCACAACCAGCAGCAGGGGGCAGCAGCUGGAUGAUGCUGAUGAAGUGGAUGAUGUUUGCAGACUUCCUGACUCUAUGGCGGUCUCCCGUCCGAGCUCUGACUUCCUCGAACGACUGGCCGAGAAAAAAAGCAGAAAACACAAAGAAGCUCUGACACAGCUGGACAAAGAGCUUAGUGAAAUCACUCAGGUGUAUGAGACUCGGGUGAGGGCUGUGAGCGAGGAGCUGCGGUCCUCUCUGCAGAAUGUAGACUUGUUUUUGAACAACCUGAAGGACAGAAUGAAAAACCUGGAGCACCUGGAGAACGUCACUCUGCAGGAUGUGUGUAGUCUCUGGGAGGAGGUGGAGGAGGCGGUGAAGAUAAAGAAGACCAGAAUCAUGGAGCUGAACCAGAAACUGACGGAAGCCGAGAGCAAACGAACCGACCAGAUCCGAGUUGUGCUCAGGAAAUACUGCCCCCUGCUGGAGAAGAUAAGCUACCUGCCGCCUUUUGAUGUCCACAGACUCAUCCACAAUGAGGCCACUAUGUUGAACCAGUCUCUGUUGGCGAACCGUCGAAGCGUGGCGCGUCUGCUGCUGCUCCUCCAAGAGCAGAACCUGCAGCAGGAGGCGCUCCUCCGCCUGCACUGGGAGGACUGUCUGAGCCGCUGGAGGAGCGCCAGAGUCAGAGAGAUUACAGACUGCUACAGAGAACUCUGCAGCAGUGAUGAGGACCAGGAGCAGGUCUUAGUUCAGAAGGCCGCUCAGAAGAUGAAACAAACUCAACAAGAACUGAUGGAAAAACGCCGGGACAUCGUCAGCAACAUGUGCUCUCUGGUCCCGCCCCUCUGCUCCGUUUCUCUGGUCUCUGAUUGGUUCAACCAACUCAUGGCUGUCAAUGAACAGAUAGACAGUGUUCACGCUGACCACCUCAAUCAGCUGUGUGGUUGUUAUGAGCAGAGGUGGCAGGAUCGACUGACGGAGGUGGAGCGCUGUAAGGAGGCGCUCUCAGCUCUGCAGCUCCCUGAGGACGAAGUGAAGUAUGUCGUCGGCUCCAAGCUGCUGCCUCUGACUGGUCAAAGCCAGAAUCUAGUAGAAGAGAGAUUGGCUGGUUUUAACGUGUGCUGUGAGUCUCUGGCCUGCCGCGCUGUCAGCCUCAGCAGGUGUGUAUUCAACCUGAUUCGAGGAGCAGCGCUGCUCUGGGAGACACACAACCGCAGGUUAAAGAUGAGAGAAGAAGAACUACAACAACAAAUGGAUGACCUCAGAGGCUCACAGCAGCAUCACAUACAGAGGAAGAAGGUGUCUCUGGAUGUCCUGCUGGGUGCACUCCGGCAGGAGGGCAGUGAGAGCGCUCUGAAGACGUCUCUGGACAAAGCUGUCGUGUUCCUGCAGGAGGUCCAACAGAGCUGCAGACAGCAAGUCUCAGAUCAGUGUCAGCUGUUGGAUCGUCUCCCGUCCCUCCUCCUGGAAGAGCUCCUCUCCUACAGCAGCAGCCUCAGCUCGUUCUUCCGCCUCAACCACACCUACAGACCGAGUCCAGAGGAUCUGCAGAAACUCCACCCAUCACUGAGCUCCACCUCAGACCAGCUUAACAGUGGAGGUGCUGAAACAGAGAAACCAGAGGAGAUGACGGAGAAUCAUCCAAUCAGCUGUCAGACUGACACAGACCUCGCCCAGCCCUCUGAUGAUUGGCUGACUGAGGCGGAGUCCUCCCUGAAGGACCUCUGUGACAUCCGCAGUGAUGUCACAUUCACCUCAUCCAGUGGUGUGGCUUAUACCGGACCCGCCUUCUCAUGCCCAGCUCCUGACUUGCCGGACGACCAGCAACAGGAAACACACCUUACCCUAUUUCCUGUAGAGCUGCUCACACACAAACUCAUCAGUGUGCGGACUCUCUUCCUGGAGAACCUGGAGCAGCACUUCCGUGAUGUCCUCAGCGCGGCUGUCAUCAUGGUGACUCACAGGGAGGAGGUGCUGCAUUCAGAGGAGGAGCUCCACCUGAAGCAGCUGAACCACCAACACAUCCAGACCCAUAUAUACGAACCCCGCCUUGCUGAGCUGCAGCUCCACAAACAGCGUGUUGAUGCUCACUUUGACGGGGUGUCUGACGUCUUGGCUUCCUGUAAGCUGGAGCUAAAGGACCUGCAAACUUCCAUCAAGGAGAAGAACGAGAAGUUCUCCGCCACGGUGUCCAACAUGGACGACAACAUCAUGACAGCCGACAACAGCCAGCGUCUGGAGGCUGUGAGCUCCGCCUUGCAGGACUGUCUAGACAAACAUAUCAGAGACACGCAGGACUGUCAGACCUCCUUCAGACAGACUGUUCAGAUCAGACUGGAGGAGGUCAGACACAGAACAGCACAGCUCCUCAUGUCCUUCAGGUUGUUCAGUGAAGGAGGAGAUUUCUCCCCUCAGGAGGUGAAGAUGUUUCAGAGGAAAGUGAAGGAGAAGACCAAACAGAUCCGUGUGGCAGAAAAGUCCAUUUACUCUGAGCUGGAGGGGUUUGAGUCCAAGAGUUUGCUGCAGGUGAAGGAGGUGUCUGGUCGUUUUGAGGAGACCCUCUCGGUCCUGAAGACUGAGGUGAUGUUCACGGAGAAGAUCAAGAAGAUUAUCAGCAGCACACGAGUCAGCAUCAAGGCAGAGGCAGCCAGCAGUAACCAGCAGCAGGACGCUCUCAGCAGCAGGUUGGAGGAUCUGAGGAGGCUGAUGGAGGACACACAGGUGUCUCCAGAUCAGGUGUCCUCUUUCCUGUCAUCGGUCAGUGAUGAUUUCAAGAAGCGAUCUCAGUACCUGGAAUUUUCAUGGGUCCACACCUUGCAGGAGAGUCUGUCACCUCGUCCCAAGUCCAGGAAGAAGGUCCGGUCAGCCCCGCCUCCUGGUUUACUGCAGCCGAGCAGGAAAGGUGUUUACAUCCUCAAUGACCCUGUGGUGGGAGUCAUCAAAUUCCUCAACAGGUUCAGUAUGAUCCAGGAGGAUGGGACAGAAGAAGUAGAGAAGGAAGAGAGAGGAAGAACAGCUUCUGGUCAGAGUUCAGUCCGGCGUCUUCAGCAGAGAUGUACCAGCUCAGUUAGCAACCUCAGUGUUGGCCGAGGCUCCAAGUCCAUCAGGUCCGACAGAAGGCUCCAGGUUUUUGGACCCAAACCAGAUCCAGAACAGACUUCACACUCGCUCAGCUCUGCAGUUAACGGCGUGUUAUGGAAAGCCAAUGAUGUCAUCCUGCCGGUUGCCGAGGACUUCUACCUGAGCAAGCGGGGCAGCAGGUUCCUCCUGGUUCCUGAUAGUUUGAACCAAUGGGCUGAGAGCAUGCAGCAGAGGCUUCUGGGAUACCAGGACCAGGCCAGGAAGCUUCUGAGCACGAGCAGAGACGAACUCAUGAUCCAGCUGUCCUUCUUGGCCGAGCUGCUCAAAUUGUUACCCAAAGUCCUGAUCACCAACCAUGAGCGACAGCAGGUGGCGAAGCUAAGAGAGGAGGUGGGCGGAGUCCGAAUGAAGCUGGAGGACACACUGACAGCCGGCGAGAAGGAGAAGGGUGAAAACGUCCGUCAGCUGAGAGCUUCUCUGAGAGACGACGAGCUUCAGACGACGAGCGGCGGAGAGGAACUCAGACAGCAGCAGCUACACAGCGCCAUCUGUUCAACACACCUGGAACUACAGGAGUGUGUGAGAGUCAGGGGGGAGGAGUUUGUGACAUCACUGGCCUCUCUAACGGAGAAGCUGCUCCAUCAGCUGGAUGACCUGCUCACAGCCUCAGACACAGAGGCUCAGGCGUCACAGCAGCACCCGGAGGAAAGCUCUCUGACCACGGAGACCGGGGAGGAACCAGGACCCAAACUCUGCACGGUCAGCAGGACCUUCUCUGGUAUCCCGUACCCGAUGCCUCCUGCUGACCUGCCACCCGGUGUUACCAUAGCAACAACAGCAUCCAUCACCACCACCAGGUGCAGCUCGGUGCACGAGGCCGUCAUUGAGCUGAGAGAUGCUGCUGUGAAGAGGUUCGAGCAGCUGUUGCGGUCCGAGUCAUCACGUUCAGACGACGACAAAGGAAGACGACUGAGUGAGCUGCAGAGCUGGAGACAGCAAACACCAACCUAACACACACACUCUGAUACGUCAGAGGCUCCAAGUCCAUCAGGUCUGGUUGUCCACUGUGAUGUCAUCACCUUCUGAUGUUUGAUAAUAAACCAGAGAAGAAGAACA